AUGAAGUCGCUGUUCGUGGGAAUCGCCUUGUUGGUGGCUGUGGUCGUGGCUCAACGAGAGGAGGCCACGGAAGAGGAAGAAGGAACGGCUGCUGAAUGCACGACACCCGAGUGCCAGCAGCAAGCUGCCAUUCAACAACAGAGGGCACUUCUGCGCCAAAUGCAGUACGAUUUGAUGAAUAUGCUCAACCGCCUGCAUAGCUCCCUCUACACCCAGCAGGUCCUCCUCAAUCAAGACGACCAGCCGUCUUCCACGAGACCCCGAUAA